AUGCUCAACUUACACUUAGAAGAACAGACCAAGAGGAUCUGCUUGCAGCUGGAGUCGCUGGAGAAAGUUCAGAUGAGGUGUGAUGAAGCAGAAGGUGAAGUCUGCCCACACCUACGAGAUCUGAAGGAGGAACGUCAAGAACAUGCUCAGCUGAAAGACUCCCAUUCAGAGCUCCUCAAAGCUGUCACCGAGCUCAACCAAGAGAAGGUGAAUUUGAAGGAGGAGCUCGAAACGUUGAGGACAGUAGUCGGUUAUCGGAGGAGCGUAGAGAGACAGAGAGACAACGACAGAGGAACACAGAACUGUUCGGAGGAGAUGGAGAUUCUCUUUGAUGAACAUGAAAAGAUCAAACAGGAGAGAGCACGUCUGCAAGAGCAAAUCCAGCAGAUGUGUGAAGAGCUGCAGAAAGCCCACGUCGAGCUGGAGAGCUCCACGAAGACGUUAGCAGAGGAGCAGAGGAGAAACCAACUUCUCACAAGACUGAAGGACAAAUACGAACUCCACAAUGAAGAAGACGAAGACGAGGACGAGAGCGCGACAGGAGAGGAAAAGGAGACGAAGGAGGAGGAAGACGGGACACAAAAAAUAAAUAUAGAGGAAGAGAAAAGACUCAAAGAGGAACAUGAGACAAUCCUAGAGCAACGCAGAAAACUGCUGCAAAAUAACAAACAGAGACAAGUAGAGAAAAUCCGACAACAGGCAAAACAUAUGAAGGAUGAGACUUCAGCGAGACUGGAGGAGCUCAAAGCAACCGUCAGAGAUGAUCUGGAAAGACAAGAAGAGCAGAUCAUUCAAGAGGCAAGACAAAUGAGGGCUGAGAAUGCAAAGAAGCUGGAGGGGUUCAAAGCAACCGUCAAAGAUGAUCUGGAAAGACAAGAAGAGCAGAUCAUUCAAGAGGCAAGACAAAUGAGGGCUGAGAACGCAGAGAGGCUGGAGAAUUUGCGUCUGACACUGUUGGCCAGAACGAGAGAGGAGGAGGCCAGACUUAAGGCGGAAGCUGAGAAAAGAUUAGAGGACCUCAAAGCAAGCCUCAAAGAUGAUCUGGAGAGACAACAAGAGAAGAUCAUACAAGAGGCAGGACAAAUGAAGGCUGAGAAUGCCAAGAGGCUCAAGAAUUUUCACCUGGCAUGCCUAGAAGAUCAGAGGAGACUGGAAGAGGCACUACAUAAAGAAAAUGCUGCCACCAUUGAGAGCCUCAAAACUAAAUUACAAGAACAUCAGGCAGAAAUGGUGAAGAAACUUAAAGCCAGUUACAAGCAAAAGCUCGAGCAACUGCACACUCAGGUGGAAGAAGAGUUAGCAGAAGAAAAGGAAAACAUGAAAGAGGCGACGAGAGCCUUGAUGAGAGCCCAACGUGAUGAGACACUACAGCAGUUCCGCAGAAAGCUGGUGGAACAUUUACAGAAUGAACGUCAGGAGGAGGAGCAAGAGCAUGAGAAAAUGUUACAGCAGCUGAGGGAGGGUCACCAGAAAGAGAUAUGUGAGCUCAGGGAGAAACAUCUGACAAAUCUUAGAAAUGAAAAGGAGCUGCUGAAGGCCUCUCACGCUUUCGAGCUCCAGAAACUGAACAGUGAACAUCAGACGGAAAUUCUCAAGAGGCAAACUGAUAACUCAGCCAAAGAAUACGAGUUUCAGGAGUUGACAAAUGAUCUGAUGCUACAUCACACCAAACUCAGGAGUCAAGAAGACAUUCUGAGGACUACGGUGGAAGAGUUGGACAGGAGGAAGAAAGAUUUGGAAGUUGAAGUCAAAGCAAUUGAUGAAAAGGUGACAUCCCGACGUGGUUUAGUCCAUGAGCGGGAUGUGCUGAAAGAGGAGCUUGAAAAAGAGCGAGAGGAGAAAGAGCAGCUGUGUCAGAAGGUAAAGGCCUUAAAAAGGAAAUUAAACAUGUGUCAAAAGGAGGAGGCACAUCUCAGGGUGGAGGUCAACAGCGUCCGAGAGGAGCUGAGGAAGAGUAUGAACCAAAGGGACACCGUGGAGGCGUGGCUGAACGUGGUGCAGGAGCAGUAUGACAACCUUGAGGUUAAAGGACAUGGACUGAAGGACCCUCUUAGCAGCAGAAGCAAAAACCUGCACCCUGGGCCAGCAAAGCACUCUGAAAGGACCACAUACCUGUCUGCGUACACUCCAUGCCAGAUCUUCAGGCCCAGUACUGCAGAUUAUGACCACAGAUGGCUGGAUCAAACCAUCAGCACAAACGUCCUCCAUGGAAACACCAGUAGACUUUGCCCGACUCCUACCAUCAAAAGACGCGUGCUUCAGUUAAAGUUGGAUGACAACGAUUGCUUAAGACUUCACUACAAUGAGCCUGCAUAG